CGCAACACGCGAAAGUCUGCCAUUACGCCAACAAUAAAACUGGCAACUGCUUUGCGGUUUUUUGCGCAAGGGUCAUAUCAGCUUAGCGUUGGAAAUGACUUUAAUUUGUCGUUGGCCCAACCCACGGUAAGCAAAAUUUUAUCCGAGGUGUUAGACGCGAUGGAAAGUACAAUCUGCCAAAACUGGGUUAAGUUCCAAAUGUCGGAAGAUGAGGCGAUGGAGUGCAAGCGAAGUUUUUUUGAACGAACUGGUUUUCCUGGAAUCAUUGGCUGUGUAGACGGGACGCAUAUUAAAAUAAUUGGUCCUUGCAAAAGCUCUCAACAUUUGUAUUACAACAGAAAAGGUUUCUUUAGCGUAAAUGCAAUGAUUAUCUGUGAUCAUAAAAUGCGUAUCAGAUACGUAGACGCCAGACAUCCAGGCUCUGGACACGAUUCCUUAAUUUGGAAUACCAGGCCAACCUAA